GUCUACCUUGCCUCGAGCUCUCCAUCCUCAACCCUCCCCUCAUCCACCUUCCGCCUCCAAGAUCCAUUACACACAGCUUGGUCUGUGGUGAUCGGCCAUCUCAGCUUACUCCCUCUCCGCCAACAACAAAGGGAACUUGCGCCUUCGGCCGCGUGCCGCACACAGUCAGCAUGUCCGAGAAGAUUGAUACCGUGGACACGGUCCACGCUCAUGACCAUGACUCCGACAAGAAGGAGAUCCAGACCAAGGUCGUCAAGGGUAGUGAGGCUUUCAACGAGGCCAUGAUCAAGGAGCGUCCAAAUGCUUGGAGCAAGGCCCAGCUCAUGAUCUACGCCUUCUCCCUCAUUGGUUUCUUCUGUUCCACCAUGAACGGUUACGACGGUUCCUUGAUCAACAACUUGCUCCAGAACCCUUCUUUCAAGGAGCGUUACGGUGCAAAGAACGACGGUAUUUGGGCUGGUAUCAUCUCUUCCAUGUACCAGAUUGGUGGUGUUGUGGCUCUUCCCUUCGUUGGUCCCGCCCUCGACACCUGGGGUCGCAGAAUCGGCAUGUUCAUCGGUGCAGCCAUUAUCAUUGUCGGUACGUGCAUUCAGGCAACUGCCAAUGGCACUAGCCAGUUUAUGGGCGGCCGUUUCCUGCUUGGUUUCGGUGUUUCCAUCGCCGCCUCCGCCGGACCCAUGUACGUCGUCGAGAUCAACCACCCAGCUUUCAGAGGAACUGUAGGAGCUUUGUACAACACCCUGUGGUUCUCUGGAGCUAUUAUUGCCUCUGGUGCAGCUCGUGGAGCCCUAGACAUCGAGGGUGAUGCUUCAUGGCGCCUCAUCACCUGGCUCCAGGCUCUCUUCUCGGGACUCAUUGUCAUCUUCUGCAUGUUCAUGCCCGAGUCUCCUCGAUGGCUCUUUGUCAACAAUAAAAAGGAAGAGGCUGCGAGGGUCCUCGCAAAGUACCACGGAAACGGAAACCCCGAGUCCCCUUGGGUCAAGCUCCAGCUUCACGAGUACGAGGAGCUUCUCAACAUGGAUGGUGCCGACAAGCGCUGGUGGGACUACCGGGCGCUGUUCCGCAACCGCGCUUCCGUCUACCGUCUUUCCUGCAACGUCUGUAUCUCAAUCUUCGGCCAGUGGGCUGGUAACGCCGUUUUGUCGUACUUCCUUGGAUCCGUCCUCGACACCGCCGGCUACACCCACCCCAUUCAGCAAGCAAACAUCACCCUCAUCAACUCUUGCCAGCAAUUUCUUUGCGCCAUCUGCGGUGCCUUGCUUGUGGACAAGGUUGGUCGCCGCCCUCUGCUGCUCUUCUCAUUCACCGCUUGCACAAUCGUGUGGCUCGGCAUGACGGUUGCCUCGGGCAUUCUGUCCAAGUCUCAGGUCGGCGAGACGGAAGGUGGCGCUCCCAUCUUCGACAACCCAGCUGCGUCCCAGGCUUGCUUGGCCAUGAUCUUCAUCUUCGGCUCCGUCUACUCAGUCGGUAUCACGCCCCUCCAGGCUCUCUACCCCGUCGAGGUCCUUUCCUUCGAGAUGCGCGCCAAGGGUAUGGCCUUCUCCAACUUGGCCGUCAACGCCGCCGGUCUCCUCAACCAGUUCGCCUGGCCCGUUUCCAUGGAGAAGAUUGCCUGGAAGACCUACAUCAUCUUCACCAUCUGGGACGCAAUCCAGACCGCUGUCAUCUACGUCUUCAUUCCCGAGACCAAGGGCCGCACUCUCGAAGAACUCGAUCACAUCUUCGCUGCCGACAAGCCCGUCAAGGCUUCCAUCCAGAAGAAGGAGGUCGCUGUCGACCGCUACGGCGAUGUUGUCAACGUCCAGGACGUCUAAGCGCUUCAGCCUCCUUACGAUGUCAACCAAAAUACAUGAUCGAGCGAGCGAGCGAGUUGUGGCACUGCGUUUUGUUGGGGGAGCAAAUAUUCAAUGUACGAGGACACGGAAACAGCGGGGUCUUU